AUGGCAAUUCUUCGUGGGAUGCUGUUCCAUCUUACGGCAGUACUACUUCUUGUGCAGUACUGUCAGGCGAAGACGGUCCAUCUGGAUUUCAACGUCACUUGGGUCAAUGCGAACCCUGAUGGCCUCUAUGAGCGCAAGGUGGUGGGCAUCAACGGCCAAUGGCCGCUACCUGUCAUUGAGGUGGACAAAGGCGAUCGCCUGAUUGUCAAUAUGUAUAACGGGCUUGGGGACAAGGAGACUUCCAUCCAUUGGCAUGGCAUGUUCCAAAAUGGCACCAACAAUAUGGAUGGUCCGUCGAUGGUUACCCAAUGCCCAGUUGCUCCUGGGGCCUCAAUUACCUACAACUUCACCAUCCCCCAAAAUGGUACCUACUGGUAUCAUUGUCAUACCGAAGCCUGCUACCCGGAUGGCUAUCGACAGGCUCUAAUCGUGCAUGAUAAUCAGGCAUACUUCAACGAUAUGUAUGAUCAUGAAGUUACCGUUACGAUGAGUGAUUGGUAUCAUGAGCUUGUUGAGGACAUUCCAUUCAUUCGUGUUGAAAACCCGACGGGAGCUGAGCCUGUUCCGGAUUCCUUCCUCUUCAAUGACACUUUGAACACCAACAUUCCCGUCGAAGCUGGAAAGACCUAUUUGAUGCGAUUAAUCAACAUUGGUGCAUUUGUCGCCCAGUACUUCUACAUUGAAGAUCACACUUUCCGCAUUGUUGAAAUCGAUGGAGUAUACGUGGACGCGCAAGAGGCCGAUACUCUUUAUAUUGCCGUCGCACAACGUUAUUCUAUCUUGGUCACCAUGAAAAACUCUACGGACAAAAAUUAUCCGAUCGUAACGGUUGCCGACUCAGUUCUACUUGAUGUUAUCGAGCCUUCUCUCAAGCUCAAUCAAACCAAUUGGCUUGAGUACAACAGCAGUGCGGCGCACCCGCAGGCUGUGAUGAAGGUGGAUGUUGCCUCUGACCUUGUCCCGUACGAUGACUUGAAGCUUGUUGCGCACGACCGAAUGGAACUCCUCCCAGAACCCGAUAUGAUUGUUGAGGUCGACGUUAUCAUGAACAAUCUACGGAACGGUGCGGGUUAUGCAUUCUUCAACAAUAUCUCCUACACGAAGCCCAAGGUUCCGACAUUAUUCACGGCCCUGACGUCCGGGGAGUAUGCCACAAACCCGGCGGUCUACGGAGAAUACACACAUCCGUUCGUUUUCGAGCACAACGCUGUCAUCGAGGUCAUCCUCAAUAACCAGGACGCCGGUUCGCAUCCCUUCCAUUUGCACGGGCACAACUUCCAACUCGUCAGUCGCACUCCGUCAUAUGGUCCUCAUUUCAACGACUACGCCGACGGUGACCCACUCGCGUACAAUGCCACUGAGACUCCCUCCAGUAGCUUCCCGAAAUACCCUGCUCGCCGUGAUACCUUCGUCGCACCACCUCAGGGUAAUUUCGUUAUCCGCUUUGUCGCUGAUAACCCCGGUGUUUGGUUGUUCCACUGCCACAUCGACUGGCAUAUGUCCCAGGGCUUGGCGAUGUCCUUCAUUGAGGCUCCGAAGCAGAUUCAACAGCAACUGUCGCUGACAGAGAGCGAAAUUAACAUCUGCAAGGCUGCCAACAUUUCCUACGCGGGUAAUGCUGCCGCUAAUACGGAAGAUUUGCUCGACCUUACCGGCGAGAACAAGCAGCUUCCGUGGAUUCCUGCCGGAUUCACGGCGAAAGGUAUUGUCGCCAUGGUUUUCUCUUGUGUGUCCGCUUUCCUUGGAAUGGCGUUCAUCUCCUUCUAUGGCAUCUCGGGUAUCCCACCCAAGGAGGAGGCUGUCGUGGUGAUGGGGCGUGAUGAUCUGUAA